AUGCAAGAGACCAAGCGGCUCAAGUCCCGGGCCAGCUACGUCAAGCCCAUGCUGACCGAAGCCAACACAAGCGCGCGCCUGGACUUUGCCAAGUCGUUCGUGCGACUUUUGCCAAGUGGGAACCACGCUUUUGUCGACAUGAACGAGUAUGUUCAUGUCGAUGAGAAGUGGUUCUACUUGACAAAGGUCAAGCGGAAGUUCUACGUCUACGACGACGAAGAAGUGGCCGUACGUGCCGUCAAGUCGAAGCAGUUCAUUACCAAGGUGAUGUUCUUGGCCGCGGUGGCACGGCCCCAGUACGACUACACGAAGAAGGCGUAUUUCGACGGCAAGGUUGGCGUGUGGCCUUUCGUCGUCGUCCAGCCCGCCAAGCGCAACAGCAAGAAUCGUGCCAAGGGGACCCCCGUGGUCGUCCCACAAGUUGUGGACGGCGAGGUCUACAAGAAGGCGAUCAUGGACAAGGUUGUCCCAGCUAUUUUGGAGCGUUUUCCACCGCGUACCUUGGCUCGUGGCGUGGUCAUCCAACAAGACAACGCGCGAGCCCCCACCGCUGUGUGUUGA